AUGCCCGUCCUCAAACCAGCGUCAGAAUGGGGCCACUGCAUCCCCCCCGAGUCCAACUACGGCAUCACGACCUACGCCCCGGGCUGGGACUCGGCCAUCAAGUUCCGCGAGGGUGACCAGGCUCUUAUGGCGCGCGUCGUACACAUAUACCCGCGCUUCGGUCCGUUCCGGACAGUCAGCGAGACCCUCAUGGCCAUCUGCGCCAAACUAUUCACCGCCCAAGGCCUCGGCGCCCUCUACUUCACAUCCCCGGAAGCCCUCGCCGCCGUCCGCGCCCACGCCACCCACCCGAACCGCAAAGACCACGUCCUGACCCCGGACCAACUCGCCUACCGCUGCGUCGACAUCGCCGGCGUCCGCAUCUACCUCGUCACCUACCCCCUCCCAAAAACCCCCGGCGUCAUCGGUGCCUGGCAGAACCCGGGCGUCGGCGUCUCCAUCCGCCUCGCCGAGCACCUCCAGGCCAACCUCGACGCCCUGACGGAGGUGGACUUCCCCGCGGGCUCAUCGCAGCCGCCGCCGACGAGCUACCUCCCCGAGGGCGACGCCCACCCCAGGCUCAGGGAGCGCGUCGCCGGCCUGCUGCGCUGCGCCGCCGUGGACCCGGGGAAGGUGGCGGUGCGGAGCGGGGACGUGUUCCUGUACAUGACGGGCAUGGCGGCCAUCUUCGGGGCCCACCGGGCGCUGUUGCGGUACCGGCCCGGCGCGGUGGUCAUCCUGGGCAUCGCGUUCCACAGCACCAUCCACUACCUCCAGGACGCCUCUCCGCACGGCUACAAGCACUUUGGGCGCGUCGACGAGGACGGGUUGGACGUUUUCGAGGCGUGGCUGGACGAGAGGGCUGCCGCCGGCGAGGACGUGAGCUAUGUUAUUACCGAGUUCCCGAGUAACCCGCUACUGGCGAGCAUCGAUAUCGUCCGUCUGAAGACGCUCUCCGUGAAGCACAACUUCGUCUUCAUCAUCGACGACACCGUCGGCUCCUUCGCCAACAUCGACGUCCUCGCCCACUCCGACAUCCUCAUAUCGUCCCUCACCAAGUCCUUCUCGGGCUACGCGAACGUCAUGGGCGGCAGCGUCGUCCUCAACCCGCUAUCGCCGCACUACGGCGCCCUCUCCCCGCUCUGGACCUCGACCUUCCACAACGAGCUCUACACCGGCGACGCGGACGUCCUCCUCUCCAACUCGGAGGACUACCUCGCCCGGACGGCGAUCCUCAACCGCAACGCCGCGGCCAUGACGUCCCACCUCGAGUCCCUGACCAAAGACCCCUCCUCGCCCGUCACCAGGGUGCUCUACCCGCCGCUGCUCCCAGACUACCCCCUCUACAAGCGCUUCCUCCGCCGGUCUACCCCCGAGCUGGAGGAGCCCGGUGCGGGAUGCCUGUUCAGCGUGGACUUCGAGUCGCUCGAAACGGCGCGGGCCUUCUACAACCGGCUGGCCUUCUACCCCGGCCCGCACCUCGGCGCGCACCGCACGCUCAGCUUCUGCUAUAACACGCUCGCGUUCGGCAAGGACGCCGACGAGGCCGCGUACCACCGCACGCACGGCAUCCUGGAGGAAUCGGUGCGGAUCUCGGCAGGGCUGGAGGAUGUGCAGGACCUGCUGGAUACGCUAGACGACGCUCUCGCCGUUGCGAACGCGGCGAAGGAGGAGUCCGCCAAGGGGCCGAGGACGGUUGAGGCCGCGGCGGGGACGGGUGUUGCUGCGUGA